GCUGACUGUCGCUAGAUUCCCGCUGCUGUAUUGACACGUCACGAAGGUCAGGAACAAACUGAUGGAAAAAUGGCGUCCACCUACAACACCUUUAAUCUGCACACGACCCCUGAGAAGUUCUACAUCGAAGCCUGUGAUGAUGGUGUUGGAGACGUCCUCGCCAUUGACAGGGUGUCCACAGAAAUGACCCUUACAGUGAGGAAGGACGUCCCUCCUUCAGCGGUGACUCGACCAAUAUGUGGCAUCAUGGGAACCAUACGGCUGGUGGCAGGCAUGUAUCUCAUCGUCAUUACAAAGAAGAAGAAAGUGGGUGAGCUGUUUGGCCACGCGGUCUGGAAAGCGGCUGACUUUGACAUCAUUUCAUACAAGAAGACUGUUCUGCAUCUGACUGAUAAUCAGAUGCAAGACGACAAAGCCUUCCUGUCCAUGAUCAACAGCGUCCUGAAUACAGACGGUUUCUUCUUUGCCACGGACUAUGACCUGACGCACACGCUACAGCGCCUGGCCAACACCAGCCCAGAGUUUCAGGAGAUGACCUUACUGGAGCGAGCGGAUCAGAGAUUUGUGUGGAACGGUCACCUUCUCAGAGAAUUCAUGGCACAGCCUGAGCUACACAAAUUCGUCUACCCGGUUGUUCACGGCUUCAUCACUAUGAAGUCGUGCUGCAUCAACGGCAAAAUCUUUGACUGGAUCAUCAUUUCCAGGAGGAGCUGCUUCCGCGCUGGCGUCCGCUAUUACGUCAGAGGUAUCGACUCUGAGGGUCACGCGGCCAACUUUGUUGAGACAGAACAGAUUGUUCAGUUUAAUGGAGGAAAAGCAUCAUUUGUUCAGACUCGAGGCUCCAUCCCGUUCUACUGGUCUCAGAGACCGAACCUCAAGUACAAACCAAAACCACAGAUCAGCAAAAGCAUCAAUCACCUGGAUGGUUUCCAGAGACAUUUCGACUCUCAGAUCAUCACGUACGGCAAACAAGUGAUUCUGAACCUGAUUAAUCAGAAAGGCUCAGAAAAGCCGCUGGAACAGGCCUUUGCAAAGAUGGUGGGCAAUCUGGGCAACGGCAUGAUCAAGUACAUCGCGUUCGACUUUCACAUGGAGUGCAGCCGUAUGAGGUGGCAUCGCCUGCAGAUCCUGGUGGACACGGUGGCGGAAAUGCAGGAUGAGUUUGGCUAUUUCCUGGUGGAUUCAGACGGAUCGGUCCAAAAACAGCAGGACGGGACGUUCCGAAGCAAUUGCAUGGACUGUCUGGACCGAACCAACGUCAUCCAGAGUCUGCUGGCCCGUCGCUCGCUGCAGUCACAGUUAGAGAGGAUGGGAGUUUUACAUGUGGGGCAGCGGAUUGAAGAACAGGCGGAUUUUGAAAAAAUAUACAAGAAUGCAUGGGCGGAUAACGCCAAUGCGUGUGCCAAACAGUACGCUGGCACUGGAGCCCUGAAGACUGAUUUCACACGGACGGGAAAGAGAACCCAGUGGGGUUUGCUGAUGGACGGAUGGAACUCCAUGAUCAGAUACUACAAGAACAACUUCUCGGAUGGGUUCAGACAGGACUCCAUUGACCUGUUCUUGGGGAACUAUGCAGUGGAAGAGGCCGAUAUAAACACUCCUCUACAUGAGCCCAAAGACUGGAAGUUCCUCACGCUGCCGAUCAUCAUGGUGGUUGCUUUCUCAAUGUGCAUCAUAUGUCUCCUUAUGGCUGGCGACACCUGGACGGAGACUCUGGCGUACGUGUUGUUCUGGGGCUUGGCGAGUGUCGUGACCGGCGGCGUGAUCCUCUUCAACGGCCGGGACUUUGUGGACGCGCCCAAACUGGUGCAGAAGGAGAAGAUGGACUGAACCUGCGUGUGUGGGAAGCAGCUUGGUCCCAUCGAGUCUUCAUCCUCCUCCUCCUCAUCCUCAGUCCUGUCUUACUCUCAGCUUCACCGGGCCUGGAGCCUGUACUGAGGAAGAGGACGAAGGCCUGGGGCCGGACGGGACCGAACGCACGCGCUGCUCUCCACACGAGGAUCGUAUCACCCGGGACCAUCUCACAGAGAUCCCAUAAUUCCAUCUACAUAUAGGCAGCUUUACAG